UCCAAAUCACUUUUUUUUUUUGGUUUCUUCCAUCUGCCAGAAACUUGGCUUCUUCAUCGGUUAGCCCCUUCCCCUAUGUUGUUUUCGCAGAUGGUACGAGAAGCGUAAAAUUAGGAGACGACAAAACUCCUUAUUUUUAUCGUCAAAUCUUUGGUGUUUCUCUUUGUGAUUCGGGUAGGUUACAAACUUACUACGAUCGAGCUGAAUUUCGCCAGCUUCCUCCAAGAAAUGGGCUGUCUAUGCCUAUUCCGGGACAAAUGGAGGCGCAAGAGACGGCCGGAGAAGUCGGCGCCGGCUUCCCAUUCUCAGGCAGCCGCGGCCUCUUACUACGCCGCAUGCACGCACGACGCGUCCGUACCAGCCGCCGCUGCCUCGACCGCGUCGCCGGCCUGCAGCGCUACUGCUACGAGCACAUCCGACGGCUCAGGCACGCGGCCGGCGUCGAGCAAGUCCUUGGGCUCCUCCGCGCGGAGCAUCCCGGAGCUGUACGGGGAAAGGGGCGCGCAAAGCCUGCUGGAGUUCGGCCUCAGCGAGCUCCGUGGCGCCACGGCCAACUUCAGCCCGCUGCUCAUGGUCGGCAUGGGCGGCUUCGGGUGCGUCUACAGGGGCGCCCUCCGCCUCCCUGUCGGGAACCCCCACGGCACCGCGGUCGCCGUCAAGAGGCUCAACCCCAACGGUGGCCAGGGACACAAGGAAUGGCUGGCUGAGGUUCAGUUUCUCGGCAUCGUGGAGCACCCGAACCUCGUCAAGCUCGUCGGCUACUGCGCAACACAGACCGAUCAAGGGCCGCAGAGGCUUCUGGUCUAUGAGUUCAUGCCCAACAAGACGCUGGACGACCACCUGUUCAACCCAGAGCACCCUGUCCUUCCAUGGGACGUCAGGUUGCAGGUAGCACUGGGUGCUGCUGAAGGGUUGCUCUAUCUCCAUGAGGGCCUUGAGCUUCAGAUUAUAUACCGCGACUUCAAGGCUGCAAACAUACUGUUGGAUGAGGAGUUCAGACCAAAACUGUCGGACUUCGGAUUAGCAAGGGAGGGGCCAUCAGAAGGUCAAACCCAUGUGUCUACAGUGGUAAUGGGAACCUACGGCUACGCAGCUCCAGACUAUGUCCAGACGGGGCAUCUCACCACCAAGAGCGACGUCUGGAGCUUCGGAGUGGUAAUGUAUGAAAUCCUCACUGCUCGACGCUCGGUAGAGAAAAAACGCCCCAAGAACGAACAGAAGCUCCUGGAGUGGGUGAGGCGGCACCCAGCCGACAGCGAACAGUUCAGCGAGAUCAUCGACACAAGGCUUGAAGGAAGGUACUCCAUGAGAGGAGCAAGAGAGAUUGCCAAGCUGGCCAACAGCUGCCUUGCAAAGUAUGCAAAGGACCGCCCCACAAUGGUGGAGGUGGUUGAGAGGCUGAAGCUGGCAAUGCAGCACAAGGAACUGGAUGGUCACGAUGUCCGUUCAGUGGAGGAAAGCUUGCUUCUUCAUGAGGCACCAACGACACCACCUAUGGAGGAUGAGGCUGCGGUGUCGGCAAGGCGGCGGAUGCUUCAUUUGGCUGCCCUAGGUGAGAAUGCAAAUGCUCAUGCAAGGAGAAGAUUGAUGCUCAUGAGGGCAGCUGCUCCUCGGACGUGUACCCUGUCAUCGUUGAGCUCUUGAUUUUGCCGGAUUUUAUUUUCUUGUUGUUCUGUUUUGGAUGUAUGAUUGUAUAUGGUUUAGAAAUUUAGUUUUCUCCAGUGCCAUAGCUGCUGAUUGAUGAGUAAAGU